AGCCGAUACCGGGCAGCCUCAGACGAUUCCCGGAACGCAGCCGCGCUUGCCACACGGACGGUCUCUAUUGCGACGCAGCCCUGCCCCGCCACUAACAAGAAAGCGAUGGAGACCCCCGCUGUAGCAGGUGCCGAAGAAGUCGUCAAGGCGCUGCCAGUUCCAGAAGAAGUCCUGGAGGUCCCGCGUCCCGCAGAGCCGGCGGUCGAGCCCGAACCUUCCGAUGCCGCCGCUGUCGUCGAAGCGGAGUCCUCGGCACCUGCUCCCGCGCAGCCCGUAGUACCUUCGGAACCAGCCGUUGCCGAUGCUAAGUCGUCGGAACCUGCUCCCGUGGACCCCAAGCCUUCCGAGCCCGCCGUCGCGGAUGCCGCCGUGGCUGCUCCGGCAGAGAAAUCCGAAUCGACCGUUCCGGCGGAGGAACUCUCUUCCGAGCCCACGCCGUCACAGCAGGACGACAAGACAGAGUCCCAGCAAGACCUCCCAGGAGCUUCCCAGCCUUCGGCCGAGGCACCCCUUUCUACUCCUGCCACUGCAGAGGCUGUUUCCUCCGCCGCUGAAUCUCCGAACGUCCCGUCCGACGCUGUGAAGGUCGUCGCUCAGCAGCUCAAGGAUAUGGCCAUCAAAGAGGACCCUCAGCAGAGUGCCUCGGAGGAGGCCUCCGCCGGUCACGACGAGACUGGCACCUCUGCUCCUCCCGGCACUGCGCCCGAACCUGCAGAACCCUCCGAGAAGUCUGCCAAGAAACGUCGUUGCGUGAUCAACUAGCCCACGUUGUAAUUCGACCACAGUAUUUAUACUUUUAUAGUUCGCCAGAAUAAACCGUUUACACUGUGUA